AUGAAUCGACACAACAAAUUUUACGCCGAGAUGGCCGGCGAGUUGGAGGAGGACGAGUACUUCGAUGAGGAUGAGGACUACAACUACGAUGAAGAGUACGAAGAGGAGGGGGAGUACGACGAGGUAGCAUACAAGGCACCAGCGAGAUCGGAGGCACCUGCACCGGCGCGCAUGACCAAAAGCACAGGGAAGGCGGCAGCGCCCGCGGCACCGGCCCUGCGUGUUAACCCUUACACAACGAUAUCGCCCCAGAGGGACGACGACUACGACGUGCUUGACAUUAUGCUGCCGCAAAUGCACGCCUCGUGGAAAGUAAACGCGCCGGCAAUGCUGCCACUCACGGAGAGUGAGGCGGUCACGGCGCUUCGGGCAAGCAACUACAGCCUCGGACCCGCCUUCCUGCAACUCAAAGCAAAGCGAGACGAGGAGAGAUCCAAGCGUGGCGGCGGCAUUCUGAAGGUUACCGCAGCUGCUGGACCUCCGAAGCAAACUUCCACUCGUCCACCUGUUGAGACCGCCAAACAGGACGGCGAGGAGGCGAGCAACAACGAGGAUAGCUCCCCCGCGCCGAGUGCGAGCUCUGGCCGCACCACGGCCACUUCGCGGAGCUUGAAGGGGACUUCGCAGAGGCGCACAAGACAGAUGCUAGAGAUGGAGCCAGACAGGGAGAAGCCUGACUGCACGUUUGUGAUUGCCGGCCAUGUCGACGCCGGAAAGAGUACUACCCUGGGUCACCUCCUUCUGCUCUUAGGCCGCGUUAGCAGCCAGGAUGUCGAGCGAAACGAAAAAGCAGGCCGCAUGCUGAACAAGGAGGCCUGUAAGUAUGCCUGGCUGCUGGACCAGUGCGAGGAGGAACGGCGCCGCGGCGUCACCAUCGACUCCGGCUCCUUCUGCUUCGAAACGGAGCACCGCCGUGUGCACAUCCUCGACGCACCAGGGCAUAAGGACUUCGUGGUUAGCAUGAUCAGCAGUGCCACGCAGGCCGACGCCGCCGUGCUCGUCGUGACGGCGGCCACCUCGGAGUUCGAGACGGGGCUGCAGCACGGCACAAAGUCUCACCUGAGAGUCUUGAAAACGCUCGGCGUUGGGUCAAUUGUUGUCGCGGUCAACAAGAUGGACUUCGUCGGCUACUCACAGGAGCGCUACGACUACGUGGUGCGGGAGCUUCAGCUUCUAAUGAAGCAGACCCGCAUUCCUGAGGAGGCCAUCGUCGGCUUCUGUCCUAUUAGCGGCAUGACAGGCGUCAACCUCACCCAGCGGGACGCCAAGGCAAUGCCGUGGUACACCGGCCCCAGCCUAAUCGAGAUGAUUGACAAGUGCCCGUUGGAGAGCCGCCUGGUGAACAGCCCGCUUCGCCUGAGCCUGCAAGACGUGCAGAGCACCACCCUCUAUGCUAAGGUCGAGAGUGGGAAGUUCUUCACAGGGGACACAGUCCAGUUCGUGCCGAGCGAGGUGCGGGUCGUCGUCAAGUCGAUUCAAAAGCCCACAGUGGCUGGCACCGUUCUCGUCGCCUUCGCUGGCGAGACGGUGGAGAUCACCACUAACUCGCCUGUGACAGGACUCUACCCGGGCUGUGUCGGCUGCGAGCAGAAUCUGCUGAUUCACAGCUCUACCGAUUUCGAGGCACAAAUUCAGACCUUUCGCACCCUUACCAAAUCCAUCUUGCCGGGGACGACCUUCACCAUCAUUGUGCACGCCUUGACUGUGCGGGUGCAAGUCGUCACACUGAUCUCUAAGAUGGACAGCAGGACAGGGUGCUGGUCGAAAGGGAUGGUAAAGUGUGUACCCCCGGCCACACAGGCGAUGAUGCUUUUCCGCGCCGAGUGCCCUAUUGCGCUCGAACCGGCGACGGAGUGCCGCGCGCUGGGGAGGUUUGUCCUUCAGCAAGAUGGUGAAACGGUCGCUGGCGGUCUGGUGACUCGUGUUGUGGACAAGCAGUGA